AUGCGCGAUCUUUGCUCGUGCUGCGGCUCUCAGGGAGCACCACGCACGUGGUGAUGGCAUGGCUGAAAACCCCCUUUCACCCCCCGCCAGGAUUCAUGAGCCCCGCUAACUUCGGCGUGGAGUCUUGAACGAAUGCUGAGUGCGUGGGAAGUGCUGCUCGCAAGAGGAAAUGACAUACCUCACUUCAUAAGACAGAAGUGUGUUUUGACAUUCCACUCUCUGCCUGGCCUGCCUGUACAUACAUGUGUGUCUAAUCAGUGGAUCCAGAAAGUCCCAGGUGAAAUCUGUAUGGGCGGGCAGACACUUGCUUUUGAAUGGGCCUACUUGUGUUUCUGUUUUAAUGCCAAGUGAUAUGUUGUUUGGAGCCCCAAGGCAUUUCUGACACCGAUUGACUUGCUCCCUUUUUCUUUUUUACGUAAACUAAUGGCACCAUUGAAGAGACCCAGCUAUGGAAGACAAACCGUUGGUGAUAUCAAAACAGAAGACUGAAGUGGUGUGUGGGGUCCCCACUCAGGUGGUCUGCACAGCCUUCAGCAGUCAUAUCCUGGUGGUGGUUACCCAGUUCGGGAAGAUGGGUACCCUGGUCUCCCUGGAACCUAGCAACGUCACCAGUGACAUCAGCAAGCCCAUGCUCACCACUAAAGUCCUUCUCGGCCAGGAUGAGCCACUCAUCCAUGUCUUUGCAAAGAACCUGGUGACAUUUGUGUCUCAAGAAGCCGGAAACAAAGCAGUUCUCCUAGCCAUGGCCAUGAAGGACAAAAGCAUGGAGGGGGUGAAGGCAUUGAGGGAGGUGAUCCAGAUGUGCCAGGUGUGGUGAUUAUCAGCCACACCUACUCAGCAGAGCCAGGUGGAAAUAAAACAUCAUCUCAAUGAUUUGAAGACCACUCCCCACCCCUUCAUUCCCUCAGAAGGCUGUAGACAUUUGGCUGUCUUUGGCUGUAGACAUUCAGAAGAAAUAUGCACAUCUCAGCCAGAGACUCUUUGUUAGGUCACUAAUAACAUCCAUGAAUGGAAGUGGGGAGGCAGAAUGUGUCUUGGGGGUAUUGUGAAUGGUUCUCACCAGGGUCCAAAUCAUUGCUUGUAUUUGAAAAUGGAAAGAAUGAGUCAUCAGACAUGAGUCAUGGCCCUCGAUCUGCAAUAUCAAUUGUUGGAGGAAAUUUUUUUAUUAAAAAUAAAUGUGUAUCCCAAAAUACUUCGCCAUCC